UGCUGCAAGAUUGCCAGUUCUGAAGUGAGAGAAGAUGAUGCUGUACCUACUAGCAGUCAUUGGAUUAUUGUAUGGAGGAGCCCAUUCACUGACUGACGAGGAGUGGGAGCAAUGGAAGAUAACUCACAGGAAAACUUAUCAAAAUGUAGCAGUUGAGGAAAGCAGGAGACAAGUAUGGUCAAGCAACUAUAAAUUGAUACAAGAGCACAAUAUGAAGGAGAGCUCAUUCAAGCUGGCUUUGAAUCACUUUGCAGACUUAACUAAUGAUGAGUACACUGAGAAGUAUCUCUCAUCAUUUGAUCUUGAGGGCUUCAAGAGGAACAUGAUGAACGAGUCACUCCAUGCUAACAAUGCUAAAGCAGAUACUGCUGUGGACUGGAGAGAUAGAGGAGCAGUUACUUCAGUUAAAAACCAAGGGCAAUGUGGUAGUUGUUGGGCAUUCAGUGCAACUGGUGCAUUAGAAGCUAUGCAUUUCCUAAAUAAAGGGACACUAGUCUCCCUCAGUGAGCAACAGUUGGUGGAUUGUUCUUAUCGGUAUGGGAAUGCUGGGUGUCAAGGUGGGCUGAUGGACAGAGCAUUUGCUUAUGUUCGCAAUAAAGGGUAUAUCUGCUCUGAGGAGAGUUAUCCAUAUGUUGGCUAUAUGUGGGCCUGCAAGUCCAGCUCAUGCUCCCCUGCUGCUUCCUGCAGAGGAUACAAGAACAUAGCGUCUGGGGAUGAGGAGAGUCUAACUAAUGCAGUCUCUUCUGUAGGAACUGUCAGUGUUGCAAUUGAUGCUUCAAGAUAUUCGUUCCAGUUUUAUUCAAGUGGUGUAUUUUAUGAUAGCGACUGCAGUAGCAGCAGAUUGAAUCAUGGCGUCCUUGUAGUGGGCUACGGCACAUACUAUGAUGGAACAGAGUACUACAUUGUUAAGAACAGUUGGAGCAGUGAUUGGGGUGAUAAAGGAUAUGUGCUAAUGGCUAGAAAUAAAGACAACAACUGUGGGAUUGCAUCUGCAGCUUCGUAUCCAGUUUAGGAGACAAUGGAAGACUUUAAUUUGCUGUUAAUAUAUUAGGUAUUUUUGUUCCUGUAUAGUUUGUAUUCUUGUGUUAUCUGCAGUGGUAUCUUCAUUAUUUAGAAA